AUGGGAUCCAUCGCACCAAAGCCUACAAUCUACCUGCUCGAAGUAUUCCCACCAAAAGCCGUCGAGUAUUGCCAGCAGCGAUUCCACACCGUUCUACCCACAGACCCAGAGGUCGAUCACUGGCGUGAGGAAGCAAGCGCGAUCCUCGUCCGCGAGAAGGUCAUCUCCGCCAAGGACAUCAACAGCGCUCCCAAUCUGCGUGUUAUUGGCAAGCAAGGGGUUGGAAUCGACAUCAUUGACCAGGAUGCCUGCGCAGCACGCGGGAUUCCGAUUCUCAAUACACCGGGAGCUAAUGCACAAUCCGUGGCCGAACUAGUUCUUGCCUUGACGCUUGCUGUUGCAAGACAGCUCGGACCAAUCGCAGCGAAGCAAGCUGCUGGGAAAUAA